CCAGUUUCCGCGCGCCUCUCUGGCAGCUGGUCACAUGGUGAGGGUGGGGGUGAGGGGGCCUCUCUAGCUCGCGGCCUGUGUCUAUGGUCUGGUCCGUAGCGUCCAGCUGCGCGGGACCGAUCCCCGGUGUAUGGCGCCUCAGGAACCGGCUCCCGGGCCCAGAUAAAGGGCCACCUCCCCAGCUCUCGGCCGGGCGUAAGGACAUCACGUGGCUGGAGGGCUUGGUGGUAGAGCCUUUUGUGUUACCUGAGGCGCGGGCUCUGGAAGUGUGAAGGGGACGGGCUGCUGAGUCGCGGGCAGGAAUUCCUUUGUUACUGAUGGGACAUCCCCCUACUAGCUGUGAAAGAGAGUUUGGUAUUUGAAGCCUCUGUGAUUGUAGGAGAUCCCCUGCUCCGAGUAUGGCAACCUCUCGGUAUGAACCAGUGGCUGAAAUCGGUGUCGGCGCCUAUGGGACGGUGUACAAAGCCCGGGAUCCCCACAGUGGCCACUUUGUGGCCCUCAAGAGUGUGAGAGUUCCUAACGGAGGAGGAGCUGGAGGGGGCCUUCCCAUCAGCACAGUUCGUGAGGUGGCCUUACUGAGGAGGUUGGAGGCCUUUGAACAUCCCAAUGUUGUAAGGCUAAUGGAUGUCUGUGCUACUUCCCGAACUGACCGAGACAUCAAGGUUACCCUAGUGUUUGAGCACAUAGACCAGGACCUAAGGACAUACCUGGACAAAGCCCCACCACCAGGCUUGCCAGUUGAGACCAUCAAGGAUCUGAUGCGGCAGUUUCUAAGCGGCCUAGAUUUUCUGCAUGCAAAUUGCAUUGUUCAUCGAGACCUGAAACCGGAGAACAUCCUGGUGACAAGCAAUGGGACCGUCAAGCUGGCUGACUUUGGCUUAGCCCGAAUCUACAGCUACCAGAUGGCCCUCACCCCUGUGGUUGUCACGCUCUGGUACCGCGCCCCUGAAGUCCUCCUGCAGUCCACCUACGCCACACCUGUGGACAUGUGGAGCGUUGGCUGUAUCUUCGCGGAGAUGUUCCGUCGAAAGCCUCUCUUCUGUGGAAACUCGGAAGCCGACCAGUUGGGCAAAAUUUUUGAUCUCAUCGGAUUGCCUCCAGAAGACGACUGGCCUCGAGAGGUCUCUCUGCCCCGAGGAGCCUUUUCCCCGAGAGGGCCUCGGCCAGUGCAGUCGGUGGUGCCGGAGAUGGAGGAAUCCGGAGCACAGCUGCUGCUGGAGAUGCUGACUUUUAACCCACAUAAGCGGAUCUCGGCCUUCCGUGCCCUGCAGCACUCUUACCUGCACAAGGAAGAAAGUGACCCAGAGUGAGAAGAGUGGCUGGGCUGCCUUUCGUCUCUGGACACCGAGCACGAGACUCUCAACCUCUGCCUUCCUCUAGGGCUGUGGAGACUCCUCCAGUUUUUUACAGAGAAUAUUUUAAGCCUUAAAUGACAUUCCCUUCCCCACUUCUCCUUAGGAGGCUUACCCUCUUGCCCCCCCCCAUUCUCUACACUAAGGGGUGGGUGUAUCUGUCUUCUCCCCUCCCUGAUUUAUAUUGGGAUCUUUUUUAUACAGCAAAACGAGACAAAGAAAUAUGGUCUUUUUUUUCUUUAA